GUUCAACCUUCGCGUUGAAUCCCUGUCAAUCACUGUCGCAUGGAAUCAACCUCCAACAGCGGAACAGCCCUGAAGUUUGCCAUAACUGCCCGUAAUUCAACGAAAAAAUCAACUGAGACGACCUCGCUGCUUGUUUGGAACACAAAUCCUCAUGUCAAAUCUUUUCAGCUCAAAACGAAAACCCCGUGCCGUGCGCACGUUCGGCGGCGAUGACGACGAUGACGAUGCGCCCAAAACGGUCGAAAGUUCAACAAGCGAACCAGUGAAGGAAGCAAAUACAUCCACAGCACCACUCAAGUUCGGCAAGCGCCCAUUCAAGCAAUCUGCCCUCAGGAGGAGCAUCAACGUUCACGAGGCCCCAGAAGGCGACGAUAGCAACAUCGCACCACCACCCCCGCCAGACUCCAAGCCAAAACCUACAAGUGCGGCCGCCGACGACGACGACGGGCCGGUGGUCGUUCGCCCCGCCCUCAGCCGUGCCGGCUCGACAAAGACCAAGAAAAAGCGCCUCUCCAGUCGGCUCUCCUUUGGCGGCGAUGCAGCCGAGGCAGAUGACGGGGACGCAGCAUUAGACACGGCAUUUGGCACCCCGAAAAAGACCAGCCUAUCAGCUAGAGCAUUUGAGAAUAGCGCUUUGCGAAGUCGCCUCCCCAUAGGUGGAAGCGGCAGCAGGCCGUCCCUUGGUGGUGACGACGAUGGGCCGCGCUAUAGCAAGGAGUUCCUGGACGAGCUGGCAAACAGCACGCCCAAUACACCGCGAAACAUCUCUUCGCUGCGGAUUCACGAUGGAGACGGACCGCUCGCCUACGACGAGGCGAUGGAACUCGACAUGGCGGAACUGGAUGGAGCCGUUAUAGUCAGCGAGCCGGGCCAAGUGACCAGGCACAAGCCAGAAAGCACACCGUCCAUUCUGACCGAGACGCAGAUCCGGGAGCGGAAGGAACGCCGUGCCCGCCUGGCCGCCGAACAGGAGUUCAUGCCGCUGGAGGGAUCAGACGAAGAGGAAGCUGAGUACAUCAGCCUCGGAUCCAGGAGGAAAAAGGAAAAGGAGUCGAGGCUAGUGAGGGAGGAUGAGGAUCUCGGGGAGGGCUUUGAUGAGUACGUCGAGGACGGUGGGCUGUCUCUAGGCCGUAGGGCUGAGCGUGAGGCGGCCAAGAAGAGGAGAGCCGAGAUGGCGGAGCUCAUAAACCUUGCUGAGGAUGAUGGCGCCGACGGGUUAGCCGGCGAUCUGAAUGACGAUGACGACUCGGAGGCCGAGCGGCGGGCUGCCUACGAGGAGGCGCAGACCAGGGCGGGAAUGGACGGGUUGAACCAGCAGCAAAAACACUCUACGCGAGUUGGCACGGCAGGAGAAGUCUUUGAGAUACCACGAAUGAAGCCACUCCCCGACCUGGCCGGCUGUCUGGCGCAGAUACAAUCUGUGCUUCUGGGGAUGCAGGGCGACGUAGCAGCCAAGAAGGCGCAGGUUGCGCGACUCGAAAUGGAAAAGGAGGAGAUUGUCACGAGGGAGGCAGAAGUUCAAGCUAUUCUUGACAAAGCGGGCAAGGACUACCAGGCAAAAACAGGAGUGUCCUCGGCAGAGAUCAUUCAAGGGAGUGCAGUCAACUCACCGCUGAGACCAGUACCGCCGGCGGAGCGGGGGCUCGAGAGCUUCGGUACGCCGACUAGCAAUAGGAUAGAUAUAGACAUGGACGACGGCGCGACGGGUCAAGUUUGAACUGUCGUAUAUUGUACUUGAGAUACUGUAAUACGCAACAAAAACAAAAGAACCCUUGGAUUAUGGCUACUGCCAUGCUUUAACUCACGUUGACUGAAACUGAGAAACCCACCGGGAC